GCCCGCGCGCAGACUGCCCGCGCGUCCUCCUGACAGCUGCGGCGGCGGCGAUGAUGCAAAGGAGGAGGGAGCUGCCGCCGGCGGUGCUGAUGGUGGCGAUCAGCGCCCGGGUGUGAUGCGAGCGUCAUGGUGGGGAUGCUGGCUUCGCGGCGGUGAGAGAGCGAGCGAGAGCGAGCGCGAGCCAGGGGCGGAGGACGCCAGAAUUCGGAUCUUGCUGCUGUGUGGGCUCGGAUUGCUCUUUCCUCCCGCUAUCUCCCCCCUACAUUUGGUUCUUGGUUUGCACAUUUAAACCCCCCGACUCCGUCCUCUCCCCACCACUGGAAGUCUUCCCGGCUCUAAAUGGAAUUAGUGGAGAUCGGAGCCUCUGGUGUAACGAACAGACAUGAUCUAUGGACGCAGUUUGUUUCACAUUGUAGCAAGUUUAAUCAUCUUCCAUUUGUCUGGGGCAACCAAGAAAGGAACAGAAAAGCAAGCCACCUCGGAAACUCAGAAGUCAGUGCAGUGUGGAACUUGGACAAAACAUGCAGAGGGAGGUAUCUUUACGUCUCCCAACUACCCCGGCAAGUACCCUCCUGACAGAGAGUGCGUCUACAUCAUAGAAGCUGCCCCAAGACAGUGCAUUGAACUUUACUUUGAUGAAAAGUACUCUAUUGAACCGUCUUGGGAGUGCAAAUUUGAUCACAUUGAAGUUCGGGAUGGACCUUUUGGAUUUUCUCCAAUAAUUGGACGUUUUUGUGGACAACAAAAUCCACCUGUAAUAAAAUCCAGUGGAAGAUUUCUAUGGAUUAAAUUUUUUGCUGAUGGAGAGCUGGAAUCUAUGGGAUUUUCAGCUCGAUACAAUUUCACACCUGAUCCUGACUUUAAGGACCUUGGAGUUUUGAAACCAUUACCAGCAUGUGAGUUUGAGAUGGGCGGUCCUGAAGGAAUUGUGGAAUCUAUACAAAUUAUGAAAGAAGGCAAAGCUUCUGCUAGUGAGGCUGUGGAUUGCAAGUGGUACAUCCGGGCACCUCCACGAUCCAAGAUCUACUUACGCUUCUUGGACUAUGAGAUGCAGAAUUCAAACGAAUGCAAAAGGAACUUUGUGGCUGUAUAUGACGGCAGCAGCUCCGUGGGGGACCUGAAGGCCAAGUUCUGCAGCACCGUGGCCAAUGACGUCAUGCUCCGCACGGGUCUUGGCGUCAUCCGCAUGUGGGCGGAUGAGGGCAGUCGGAACAGCCGAUUUCAGAUGCUCUUCACAUCCUUCCAAGAACCUCCCUGUGAAGGCAAUACAUUCUUCUGCCACAGUAACAUGUGUAUUAACAAUACACUGGUCUGCAAUGGACUCCAGAACUGUGUGUAUCCUUGGGACGAGAAUCACUGUAAAGAGAAGAGGAAAACCAGCCUGUUGGACCAGCUCAGCAACACCAGCGGGACUGUCAUUGGCGUGACUUCCUGCAUUGUGAUCAUCCUUAUUAUCAUUUCUGUCAUUGUGCAGAUCAAACAGCCUCGUAAAAAAUAUGUCCAAAGGAAAUCAGACUUUGACCAGACAGUUUUCCAGGAGGUGUUUGAACCUCCUCAUUAUGAGUUAUGUACUCUAAGAGGGACAGCAGCUACAGCUGACUUUGCAGAUGUGGCAGAUGACUUUGAAAACUACCAUAAACUGCGGAGAUCCUCUUCCAAAUGCGUUCACGACCAUCACUGUGGGUCACAAGUGUCCAGUACGAAAGGCAGCCGCAGUAACCUCAGCACAAGAGAUGCUUCUGUCUUGACAGAGAUGCCCCCGCAGCCCAUCAAACCCCUCAUCCCACCCAUGAGCAGAAGAAACAUCCUCGUCAUGAAACACAACUACUCGCAAGAUGCUGCAGAUGCCUGUGACAUCGACGAGAUCGAGGAGGUGCCAACGACGAGUCACAGGCUGUCCCGCCACGACAAAGCCGUCCAGCGGUUCUGCCUCAUUGGGUCUCUAAGCAAACAUGAAUCUGAAUACAACACAACUAGGGUCUAAAAAGAAAAUUCAAGCUAAACUCUUCAAAACGCUUCAAGCCUAUCAACCAUUCUUGAAUUAGGUGAAUGCAUUUCCACGCUCUAUAUUACCUUGAUAAAUUUGUGUAUUUGUAUGCGUUUUUCACUGGGAGAAAAUGUUUUAACUGUGUUUUAUUUUCAGAGAAGAACUAUUUAUACAAACAUGGGGACUGUGAAACGAAAAUUCUCUAGUGAAUUGUGAAAAGUGGACAUAUUUCUAAAUUCAUUCCACUGCCUUUAUCCAAACUUAAGAAUUAGAGACAUUUGUUAUUCCUUCGGCAAGACAUCCCCGCUGCACAAUGUUCAUUUCAUAAUUUGGUUGCUGGUCACCAAGUGCUCCUUAGUUUUUAAAUACAUUUUGAGAUUUACUGGAAACUUGAAGAAGAAAUUAGUUCCUGAUUAAGACUAUCCCAAGUUUUCUUUUUACUGUUAGUUUCACUUUGUUUCUACGUUGUUUUAUGUCCUUGUUAUAUAAUUGUACGUUUUGUGACAUGUGAACAACACGAUUUUGGAUGAACUUUGUGUUACAUGUACAUUGUUUUCAUUAGAUAGACUGCUUGAGACUAGUGCGUCCCUGAGGGAUUUUGAACAUGCUACAGUUAAGAAGUGAAAAUAUGGACCAUGGAAGCACCAGCUAGAGGUUUUAUGGACUAUUAACAUCUAUUAUUGUAUUAUGAUUAAAUGCAGCCAAGAGUCAUGAGUAAAAAUACUAGAUUGCAAUAAGAAACAUCUGAUUUUUUUUUUUAGUCUUUCCCAAAUAUCCCCAAUUUCUUUUUUGUUUUAUAUCAAAGGAAGAUACUAAGUUUCAGAAAGAGGUCUUGAAAUCAGGUAAUUUACCAUUCAGACCCAUCAGUAGAAAUGUUUUUUGAUUAAGCACUUAGCAAUAUGACUGAAUUGACAGUUUGAGAAAAUACCCUGCAUGUCAGUACUGGAUAUUUGAGUUGGAAAAAUAUCCUUUUUAUUAGACACAUUGUAAAAAGCAUGCAUUCUCGAAUACUGCUGUUACGCUUCCAUUUCUUUGUGUCAUAUGCUUGCUACUUGUAACUUUUUAUAUAAAGAUAUAUAAAAAUGUAUAAUAAUUUCCUAACGAGUUAAGAAAAAUGUUUUCUUCUAUUAGAGUGAUAAAAAAUUGACUUACAUAAGUGCACACUUUAUAUCAACUCUUUCUACCUGUUAGGAUCUAGGAUGUCUUUUAGUAUUGAGGCUUACUUCUCUAAAUUUGAUCUCUCAAAUUUUAUGGACUAUGUUCUCCUUUUAGAAUAGGACAAUCUUUUAAUGCUUUAAAAUCACAGGCCCUUUUAUGAACCAAAUUAUGCCAUUCUGAGUUGUUCUCCUACUCAGGCACACAUAUAAUACCCAAAAGCUUACUAAUCAUGAUGUGUUUAAUAUAAAUAAAGCAAAAUCAUAUAAUAUAUUUAAUUGCUGUUGAAUCAUACACACACUCUCUAAAGUUUGAUUUAAUAAAUGGGUACUUUUAAAAUAUUCAAUGUGUAUUCCUAGAAAAUAAAUUUUAAAAAUCAGAAUUACUGUAAAUCCACUUACCAACAUCUCCAAAACUGCUGAAUUCUAUGGAAGUCUGUCCUUCAAAUAGUGAAGUAGUCUGGUCUAUCACAGUUAAAACUUUGUGACUCAAGCAGGCUUUACAAACCUAUAAAUGAAUUACUUGCAUCCAUCUCCGUUAGGAAUUCAAUUUCAUAUAUGCUACAGAAACAAAUAAAUGGGAAAGAAAAUAAAAUUUUAUGAUAGAUAAUUAAAGAAUUAUCAUAGCAAUUCUGAAUAACCUGUAUUUAAAAAAAUGUCAAUAUACAUAAAUAAUCACUUCCAUGAAUGUGAUACACUGAUGUAUAGAAAAUAUAUUGAAUGUGAUAAAGAAAGAUUAUUUCUAUUGUUUUGCUACCUAUUUUGUACACAGUUUAUGUCACAAUCUAGCCUUUAGUAUUUGACUUGACUGAUUUAUUUAGUUGCAUGCCAACCCUUAUACCCUUUAAUUCAAAUCUAAUGCAUCCACAGAUUAAUUUUGAAGUGGUUAGCCAUAUUUUAUUUUCACUAUUUAGAAAUCUUCAUAGGACCACUUACAAUUUGAAUGAAUAAUCUCAGAAAAGUACGAUAUUCAUGUCAAGACUUAUUUAUACAGCAAAAAAGGAAAAUAAAUUAAGUGAACCACUUGGCUCUUCACUUGCCCUAUAGCUGUCCACAGGCAGUUCUCCCUAAAUAUGCAGAAUGCUCCUGAUCUGCUGGUUCAAUGCUUAAAGGAUAUUUGCACCAGAAAUCCACUCAUCAACAACCAAAAAUCCAACCACAAUAAGUAGAAUGACAAAGAUGGAUGUCUUAUGUAUAUUUAGUACACAACAGCUCCAUGGGAAAACAAAAAUAUUUCAAGUGAAGACUAGGUCUCUUCAGUGGUCAUACAAAAACAAACAAACAAACAAACAAACAAAAAAAAACAAGAAACUUUAACAAUGGUCAUUGAUGAAUCAUAAGAGAAGGUAGUGAUGACAUGAAUGCAGGGACCCAGGGCUCCCUGUUGGCCCUUGAUGUAACUCUAGAUGCUAGAUCUGAGAAACAGGGGAGUCCAUGAUGCCUGGGAAGUCCCUGGAGGAAGCUCUUUAAAAGCCAGGACUGACAUUUAUCCAUAUAUUAAAAAUUCCUAUUGACUGGCACACCAGAUCUUACACCUAAAUAUCAAACUUUGGUUUAGAUUCAAAUGGGGAGACACAUUGUGGUUAAGGAAUGAGGUGUUUCAAGACAUUCAAGAUGUUUCAAGAUAUUUCAAAUCAAGUUAUUUUAAUAAAUAAUGAUAUUUUUUGAUAAAGUGAAUUCAAAUAUGACUUACACAAGUGCUUUAUUAAUUCUACAAGAUGUUCUCCAAAAGCAUAGUUACACACAUUAGUUAAUUUGAAAAUAGCUGUUUUCCUUUUAUUUCUUUAUUUUUGAAUUCACUUUCAAAAACUGGAAGACAUAUCAUAAGUCUAUGCAACACCUGUGAAACCCUGCUUUCAGCCUCUUCCAUUUGUCCAAGUGCAUUUCGAUUGCCUAAUUCAAGAUUGAUGUGCUGAUUUGGAAAUGCGAUUUUUUGUACCUGAUUUUAUAUACAUGCACUUUCUAUGAAUCAUAUUGCAAAAUAGAGAUAUGUGAUGUUGAUCUUCCAUAAUUCACUUUCAUUUGGUCAGAUAAUUAAAUGUGGCUAUAAAUGUAACUGGAGAUGAGUGUCUUUGGACUUUUAAAGGAGAACAAUCCACUUUGUGGAAAUGUUGGCUUUUAUGUUUUGCAUAAUUUUUUUCCACUAAAAAUAUUUCAAUCGGUCUGACUCUAUAAACUGUUAUCCCUAGUGUUUAAUAAAGUUAGGUAUUUGACAAAAACUGAAUGAAUAUUCACGUAAGCUGUUGCAUCAGCUUCUUUGUUUUUUUCCCUUAGGAAUUUGGUUUUUCCUCAAAUUUGAUAGCUUAAAAAAAAUCCCAUGAAUGGAUUUUCCUCAACUUCUGAAUAUCAUAAUAAAUGGCAAAAUAUGAUAACUGGUUCCUGUUACCUUAAUUAAAGUAAUGGCAAAUAACUUAUUGAUGUAUUAGUGGUAAAAUGCAUAAUAGAAUUUUAUCUUAUUAUGAAGUUUGUAUAUUUCAAUGAUGAAAAUGAUUCCUGUCAGAUUCCAGCUCUGGAGGGAGGUCAGGUAAGUAAAACCUGUAAAAUUCUCCGAAUCCUGAACGUAUAUGACUUGAGGAGUGAGUUUCAGUUUUUUCCAAUUUCUCUGAAUUGAGCUAGUUUUGAUGUCAUGUCUACUUAUGAUUCUUUCUUCCUUUUGUUUGUUUCUAUCUGUCACUCAAUGGCACAGAGAGUUCAGCCAACAAAAUGUUAAAUAGAUGAGGAAUAGAAGAAUCUAUUCUUCUAUAGAAGAACUUGGACUUGAAUUUAUUAUAAUUCUCUUAUCCAUUUAAUUAAUAUUUCCCAUUCUUCUCUUAAAGGUUGAAAAAAAGUAGCAAAGCAAAAUAUAUUGUAAAAAUAGCAGAGAUGUGUUGUUAUAAAUAAUCUUGUUCCAUAAAUCUGAGGCCCUAUGUUAACGUAGAUUUAUCCUGAUUCAUUUUAUUAAUGAGUUGUUUAAAUCAUACUACAAAUUUCUUUAACUUUAAUUUUGACUUUAACUUUAUUCGACUCACUCGAAUAAAUCCAACAGUGUCAUAGAAAUACCAAUGUGGGUGACCAAUGUCAGACACUCUUCUUACCUCAUCAAUUUUUUAUCAAUUCUUAAUACCUCAAUACAAUUUUUUAUUGUAGCCUCUGCUUAUAUACUUCCUUGUGCAUUAUUUAAAAAGCAAAUGCCCUCUUAACAUGCCUUUAAUUCCUCGGAAUAAUAAACUCUAUCUGCUUCAGACAUAUGUCAUUUAUGAGGGUCUAGGGUUGGUUUUCAGAAAAUUGUUUAUUCCUGCAUGAGUACAAUUAUAUAAUUAAACCACUGUUUUAUAUUCCUAGUAAUUAUGCAGUUCAAUAUAUGUUGGUUUGUCCCCAACUUCUACCGCCUCUCCAAGGUCUGAGCCAUGCCAUUUUACAUUGGUCAAUUAUUUGAAAAGUUAUUUUUUUGUUCUCCAAACAGUCACAGAUGUAGACACAAAAUGUAACAGCGAGCAGAAAACACAAUGUUUAAAUUUUUUAAAAGAAAACAUUCCUAUUAUGUCAUAUUAUGAAAUUUGUACUUUUUUGUCACUUUCUCAUGAGUUAAGUUUGAUAGCAUAGCCAGUCUUUUGAUCCUGUACAAUCUAUAUACUGGGAUUCUGCCUAAGUGAUCUGGGGAUGAAAAAAAAAAGAAGCAGCAGUCUAUUGGGGAACAUGAUUAUGGAGUUUCAUAGAAGAAAGGGUGUUUAGAGGAGCUAGAUUAGAAAAAUGAAACCCAAAAUUAUUUGCCAAGUUUUUCACCUUAAAAAGCUAAUUAGUUAUCACCUUCAUAAUCUUGAAUGGAAGAUAAAAUAUAUUCAAUUGUCAAGAGAAUGCAACACAGAUGAUUUUUCUAAGAUU